ACUUAAGUAUUCCUGUUCCGCACACAACAAUCGCAUCCAUCUCUUCAUUCACCACUUCACCAUCUCUUUAUUCCCAUCAUGCCUCCAACUCCUCCAGAGCCUCAGCGUCUUCCACUGCCCCCCAAGUUUGCUCAUUUCCCCCGACAGUCGUGGGACGGCAGCUUGUGGGGCGGCCGCAUCUGCUUUGGCUGGCCCGACUUCGCACCGUCCGAAUACAAGCUCAUGGCAAUGUGGGCUGGUCGUGCCGCAAGUCUGCGUGUGACCGAGUGCUUUGAAAAGGGAGACCCCUCAGCGGUCACAGAUCUGGACUUUUGCCUCGCCGUACUUGACAAGACCUUCGAACUUAAGUGGUACUUUGAGGAUGUGUUCUGCUCUCUCGGGCGCGAAUACACUACGGAUGAGUGGAUCGCGUAUACCAACACGCUCAUUGGCAUGGUCUACACCUUCUGCUGUGACCAAGUCGACGACAGGUUCCCCAACAACACCCUCACAGACUCCCGCCACUACCCCACAAUCUUUUACCGCAUCCGAGAGGAGCUCAGCGGCGCCUGGGUCGAGGGCAAUGAAAGCUGGGGUUCUCCGCCCCCCAUCGACCAUUCCUACACCAACGACUACUUGCUGCCCUACCUCCCGGACCGGUCCACGCUCCCGCCUCGCCCCUUCCGCAUCCUGGACGAGAGCGCGGACGUCAUCUGGCUCGACGUCAACGGGGAGGAGAUUGCCGAGCCGACGGCAGAGGAGCAGGCCGCGUACCGGGCGCAGAUUGCGCACAUUCGCAUCGGCGACUCGGCGCCUCGUGUCCACGUCUCGCCGACACGCAGCAGCGUCUCGGCCGCCAGCACGAUCCUGUUGACGCCACAGGGACCCGGCAAGGAAGCGGCAACACAGUCGUAUAUCUACGCGGAAGAAGACUCGCCGUCAAAGCACAAGGGCGGGCGGGCGCCUGCCAUGUUGUCGGGGUCCCCGCCGAAUGAUCCGCAGGAUAACCAAGCCUCUUCAUACCGUCGUCUGUACCGUGACGUGAUCUAGCGCUUAGCGUCACAAGUUCUCGCCAAUCGCCGGGGGGGCCCAUCAAGGUCAUGUACGUCCCACGGGCCACAUCCGUAGUUCUCAGACUCCUCCUCCGAUCUCCAAAGCUGUGUACUUUCGUCAUGUAUGUCUUUGCAGGUUUU